GCUACAGCCGUCGGAGCAUGAUGUUGUUUCUGGUCAAGAAUUGGACCAAGCAUGCGCUGCAGGCAAGGUACCCGCUGACGUUCUUCCAGGUGUUGAUGCGAACGGCAACGAAGAACAUGAAGAUGCGCCGAACCUACAACUUGAGUCCGGAAACCGUCGCUCUUCUUCGUCGACGAUAUCUUCCUUGCAUGCUGAUCCAAUAGUAGAGACCAGUAAAAAGCGAAAACAAGGAGGUAAAACCGAGAAAGAGAAGGCGACGACAGGUGUCGCGAAGAGCAAGCCCGAAACAUUUUUCGCCACAAACGCGGACGGUUCCGUGACCUACGUGAGCCGACAUCCGGAGAAAAGCUUGAGCGCACUGCAAGCAGCAGGGACCAAGUGCAAC